CGCAAUUUGUUAGUAGGUACAUGUAUAAACUCAGUAAAAUGAGGGCAGUUAUUGCGGUAGGUAAUGCGAUUUUGCGUGAAUAAACAGAUUUCAUCUGGAGAUCUCGUUGGAAUUGGUGACUAUUUCAAGAUGGUUUAUUAUCGUAGUGUUUCGGCGGUCUUAAAAGUUUAAUUUAGUUAUCAACUCACUGGCGGAUAUCAUGCCCGUGUUAGAAGCGCAAAAUCGAUCCGAUCGUCACACACCACCUUCAUUAUCAACAACCACCAGUCAAACUAAUUUAAGGGAGGAAAGAAAACGUACAGGAAGAUACGUGGCGGCCGGAACUGCAAUAUUUCUCUCGAUAGUGGGCGUCUACGAGACCCUGAUCCGGGGCGCCCCAGAGUAUGCCGCCAUCUUUCUUCCCGCUGUUAUUAUUAUUGUGUACGUGCUAUGGAUCUUAAACAAUUCAAAAAAUCAAAACUCCAAAAGACUAACAAAAAAUAAGCAGGGCACGUCGCAGGACCUCGUGGAGGUAUCUACGUCAACAGAAAAGUUGUUACCCAUCAAGGCCGAUAGCGCAAAACAUUCAAGAGGUAAAGCUGAAAGGAUGCAGACGGAUCGAAAGGUCGCCAAAGGCAAAUCGUUCAAUCGAUCAUUUUCCAUUGCUUGAAUUUUACACAAAUAUUAUUAUUAUU